GAGAGUGAGGAUGGUGAGGGUGGGGGUGGUGGUGGUGAGGGUGGUGGUGAUGAGAGUGAGGAUGGUGGUGGUGAUGAGAGUGAGGAUGGUGAGGGUGGUGGUGAUGAGAGUGAGUGUGGUGGUGGUGGUGGUGAGGGUGAUGGUGGUGAGGAUGGUGAGGAAGCCGAGGGGAGCUCACAGACGCGACUGCCUCACUCACGGUAAAUGCCCCAAGAUGGCGCCGUGAAGCCGGACGCGUCCAUUCUCACUGUGUGUGUGGGGGGGGGGGGGGGUUAUUGAUUAAACGUUUCGCCUGAUUGUACCAACUCCUCCACUACAGAGUAUUCACACCGGUACAGCACUCACAACACAAACACGAGUAAGUCCACUGCCAACGCCAUCACAAGUUGUAUCUAGACGCUGUGUAGUUCAGCGCAGCCCACACGAGGAUGUCCCCACCCCCCCGAGCGUGUUCGAGCGCCCGAGUGUCACGUGGCGAAAGCUGCAGCAGGCGACUGAUUGGACACUUGAUGCAGCUAUCGUGCUGUGACUGUUCCACCUGAAGACGGAAGCUUGUGUUGCCUCCGAAACGUCGUGAUUUUUAUUUAACUUUUAUUAAUUUAAUUUUUUUACCUACGUGACUUUACCGAAAAACCUAAAAUAAAAAUAAAAUAAAAAUCACCACGUUUCGGAGGCAGCUUGUGUUGCCUCCGAAACGUCGUGAUUUUUAUUUUACUUUUAUUAAUUUAAAUAUUUUACCUACGUGACUUUACCGAAAAAAACCUAAGAAUAUGAAUCCUUGCAGUCCCGAAAGCUUCAAAUCUAGAAUCUGAUUGGACACUUGGAGAGUGGAGGCACCCCCCGCCCCUCCCCUCCCCCGUGCCCCACCUGCCCCCGCUAGCCUAGUGACGUCACGCCCCUUUAAAGUUUUCGGUAUAAGACGCGUUUUGGUUGCUGCUGCUGCUGCUAUCGCUGGGUAUUGGAGGCGACCACACGUCCCUACUGCUCCUCCUGCUCCUCCACCACCACCAGCAGCAUCACAGCUGAGAGGAGGAGCAGACAGAGCCAACCAUGAAGCUGGUCCUCAUCUCAGUGUUCAUCUUCCUUCUGGAUGCCGCAUCGGCUACGAAGCUCCAGAUCACUCUUCCGCAGAAUCUGUCUGUGAGGGAGGGAGAAAACGUGACUCUUCCCUGCUCCUUCUCCCCACCGUCGCCUGACCUGAGCCACAUCGUCCUCGAGUGGUUCACAAUGCCCAGACGCUACGCAGAUAACAUGACCAGAAGAGAGAUGAAGAAGAUCUAUCAAUCGGGGUAUGAAAAAGAGGACUUGAGUAUCGUUAAGUCUGUGGGAGACGUGCGGACGGGAAACUGCUCCAUCGGCAUCCCCAACUUCCCCAGUAACCUCGGCCCCGUGGCUCUGUGCAUCAUCAAAUGUCGUCGAUGUAACGCGGAGAAUACCGUGGUGCAAGAGGAGAUGGUGCUGAACGUGAUGCCUGCAGCCCCACGGUCACACGAUAGGGGCGUGAGUGACGCCACCCUCACCCUUCUAGAGGAGACCUCGCACAAGGGAGCGGUGGUGGCUGCCUGGGUCCUGGGGACUCUGGCUGUCAUUGUCAUCAUCAUCAUCAUCGUCUCCGUCUUCGUCUGGAUGAAACACCGUCGGUCUUCAGGGCUCUGCCCCCACUCACGCAGUGGCGGUGGGAAUGAAGACUUGCGUGGGGACGGGAACGGGCAGCCGCUGAUGAACGGGCACGAAGAGCGACCACAACAAGUAUUGGAGAUCGUGGACGCUUGAUAAUGUUCAGGCAUCUCGAUGCCCCAUCUGAUUGGUUGGCACGUGGAGCGGAUCGCACACACAAACUGCCCAUGUGCUCAGUGUUCCACGUUUUAUUUGAAAUCUUAGACCAUCAUGUCUUUGCCAUCUCUUGCCUUGACAACCAUAUCUCUCGACCGGAUAUCUCUCGUGUGUCUCCAACUCCAUCACCUCUCUAUCCUGGAUUUCUCAGAGUGUCCGUGAACGAAACCACAUGACUCCAAUCCUGAAAUUGCUUCACCAGGUUCCCGAGUCUAUCUGGGGUGCACUUGAUAGUGGGCGCCACCGUGGCGAGAUGUUAACUACCUCGCCUGCUAUACAGGAGGUCGUAGGUUCGAUCCCCACCCUGACACCUGCCCGUCUAUUUGGAGUUGCGAUUGCAUAAUCUACCGAUGGGAUAAUUGCUCCAUUAUCUGCAUAAUUCUCUCCCAUUGUCUCCUUUCCCACGUUCUUGUAUUAACCCUGUGAUCAAUUAUGGUGGGUACUGUAUUAGUGGAGUUAAAAUGUCACUUUUUUACUCUAUUUUUAGUAUUCACUUUAACCCGGUCAGAAGUCAUUUUCCAAGUGUCGCCAAAAAUGACUUGUGAUGGUGAACGUGUGGUGGUGAACAUGGGUGGGCGAGUGGCUGGAUGAGUGGCUGGCUGAGUGAGUGACUGGCUGAGUGAGUGGCUGGGUGAGUGGACCCUAUGCAAAGUGCCUACCGUGAGCUAUGGGAUAACACGGCCCUGCUCGAGAGGGCCGGUGAGUGGUGCGUUGCUGGUGCAUCGCGAGUGAGUGCUGUGGGGGGUCUGCGUGUGACUGCACUAAGGGGGGGGGGUCUCUCAGCUGCGGCCUCUCUCGCGCCUUCAGGGGGACCUCGCACACGUCCUGGAACGUCUGACCUGAAGUACUUUGCUUGGCGAUGCAUUUGCAGGAGUGAAAUAUCGUUGAAUAUUUUAUACACUGUUCUUACAAAACUCGGGGCCAUGUUUUACAUGUCGAUUGUCGUGCCUUUUUGUAUCGAUUCGGCACCCCUCGUGUUCAUUGAGUCGAUGUGGCGCCCCCGACUGGACAUCUGACAGCUGAUCGUGCUGAUCGCAGCUCGUCGGGUUCCUGUGGUCUGAAGUCUUCUGGUUGUGACAUUGACGGUCGCCAAGACUUGUUUAGAGUCGUUCUUUGUGAUGCAAGACUCGCAUUGUACCUGAGUAGGAUUCUGAAAAUAAAAAAAAUAUUUAAAAACA